ACUUGUCAGUGUGACACGGAAACGGCAGUCGCGUUUUUGAGGUUUAGCAAAUUUGCUGGAAUUCCUUUCAGAAAUCCCACAUUGCAGGGUGUGAAAUCGGUGAAAAUGGCAGAUCUGGAUGAUUUCUUUGCCAAGAAGGACAAGAAGAAGUCGAAAGUGAAGAAAUUCACCACGGCGGACGACCUCGUGAAGAAACUCGAGGACACGUCAAAGAAGCUGGACACGAAGCCCAAGACUCGUGCGCCCGGCAACGAGGAGGAGUUCAGCAGUCAAGAUAGGGAGGACGAGUGGAAGGACUUCGAGGAGGAGCGGAAGGACUACUCAGGACUGAAGCUCGGCCAGCUGACGCUCAGCGAAGAAGAGCACAACGUGGACGGCGAGCAGGGCUCCGAGGCGCAGCACGACACAGAGGGCAACGCCGAGGCCAGCGAUCGCAAAACGGGACCUUGGAAGGCCGUGAAGGAGGGCGCCGCUCCGCCGCCGCCACCCAAGGAGGUGGUCACGCAGCCCGCAGAGCCCAAAAUCUACAGACCGCCGGCUCUCCAGAGCGCCCUGGCCAAGGUGAAGUUGCGCGAAAUGGGAAGCCGCGUGGCGCCGGACAUCUCGAGUGAAGAGUACUUCCCGUCGCUCGGCGCCGCCCCGCCCAAGCCAGAAGCGCCCAAGAAGAAGCUGGACCCCGGCUUCGAGGAAGUGAAGCACGGCAGCCGGUCUGCGCGGCCGUCGGAAGUGGCCAAGAGUUCGCCCGUGACUAUAGGAAAUCGUUUCCACUCCCUGGCUGGAGAUGCUAGCUAGAAUCUUAUGACAAUUUGCAAAUUUACAAUGAUUUUCCCGAAGGCGCUUCGUCAUUGCAUAGAGACAGACACUAUUAUAUCACAGAGAAACUGAUAGAGUAAUCGUUGAGACCCGAGAGAGAGCCUAAAGUGAUCCUGCGAAGCGACAAUUGCAUCCUACUUUCGAGAUUCAACAGUUGAAACACUAAAAAACUAAUUAUAAAGAAGAUUUGAUAGAGAAAUUCCUGAAUUCAAGGGCACACAAAGGGCUGCAGAGAAAUUUAUAGAUAGGAAUGAGAAAUGAAGGCAUAAAUACAAUUCAAAGUGGUGUGUGGUGUAUAAUGGAACUACUAAACAGCAAAUUGAAUGAAAAAAAAUAUAUUGAAUAAAAUAUCGUGAUA